AUGGCUCAGAACCAAGCAGUCAAAACCAUCGAGGCGGGCAUCGCAAAGGUCGUCGACGUGCCGAUCCCGGCCCUCCCUGCCGACGACUACAUCCUCGUCAAGACAACGGCCGUGGCCAUCAACCCGACGGACUGGAAGCACGUCGAUCUCGCCGACAAGGCCGGGUGUGUCGGCAUCUGGGUCGGCUGCGACUACGCCGGCAUCGUCGAGGAGGUCGGCAAGGGUGUGACAAAGGACUUCAAGAAGGGGGAUCGCAUCUGCGGGCCCGUCAACGGAUCGAACGCGCUGAGGGAGAUUGACGGCGCCUUCGCAAAGUACAUUGCUGUCAAGGGCGACUUGCAGAUCAAGACGCCGGACAACAUUUCAGACGAGGAGGCCGCGACGCUCGGCAUCGCCGUCACCACGGUCGGCCAAGGCCUUUAUCAGAGCCUCAACCUACCCCUCCCCACCGAACCGACUACCGAUCCGUCGGCCACGAUCCUCAUCUAUGGCGGCAGCACCGCCAUGGGUAUCUCGGGCAUCCAGUACGCGCGGUUGUCCGGGUAUAGGGUAAUCUCGACGGCGUCGCCGCACAACUUCGAGUAUCUCCGGUCCCUAGGCGCGAGCGAGGUGCUGGACUACCGGUCGCCCACCGUGUCGGAGGACAUCCGCAGGCUCACGGGCGACCGGCUCACGCUGGCGUGGGACUGCCAGUCGACCAACGAGUCGGCGGUCCUCGUAGCCAAGGCGCUGUCGAGCUCCGAGGGAGGCGUCAUCGGCACCCUGCUGCCCGUCGACAAGAAAGCGGUGCAGGAUGUCAACCCCAAGGUCGAGGUCAAGAUGAGCCUGUACUACACCGCGUUUGGCGAGGAUUUUGGCUACUUUGGCAAGAGGGACGCCGUUCCCGAAAACUACGAGUUCGGCAAGAAGUUUUGGGACAUCAGCCGCGGCUUGUUGGCCGACGGCAAACUCAAGCCCAUCCGCGUCAUCAAGAACCAGGGCGGCAGCGGCCUAGACGGCGUCAUCGUCGGCCUGAAGGAGUUGAAGGAGGGCAAGGUCAGCGCCGGCAAGCUCGUCUACACCAUUUAG